AUCCGCUUAACCAAUAACACACUGUUAAAUUAGUGACUUGUAACUUGAUGUUAUAGCAUUGCAAUGAUGGCGACCCAUUAUAUUUUGUUUUGUUUACCGUUUGUGUUUAUGUUGGUGCAACAUAAUUAUGCUCAGAGGUCCCCAACAAUAUCGUAUAUAACUCAAACUCAAAUCAAAGAUAUUGGUGGUACAGUAGAGCUUCUGUGUUCUGUACAAUAUACUCAGGAGUAUUCUGUGAUAUGGAUGAAAGUUGACAAAACACAAACGUCUCUCAGUUUACCAAUUUCUACAGGUAGUUCACUGAUUUUACACGAUUCAAGAUUUUCAUUGAGAUAUGAUCCUAGUAGUUCAACCUAUCUACUACAAAUUAAGGACAUUCAAGAAACAGAUGCAGGUUACUAUCAAUGUCAAAUUCUUAUAUCACCCAGCAAUAGAGUAACAGCAGAAGUAGAACUACAAGUGAGGAGACCACCUUUCAUCUCCGAUAAUUCAACAAGAUCAAUAGUUGUAUCAGAAGGAGAAGCUGUUGAAAUGGAAUGCUAUGCAGGAGGAUAUCCAACACCUAGAAUAUCAUGGAGACGUGAAAAUAAUGCCAUAUUGCCUACAGGUGGCUCAAUUUACAGAGGAAAUAUUCUAAAGAUCAGAUCAAUUCGCAAAGAAGACCGAGGUACUUACUAUUGUGUUGCUGAAAAUGGCGUCGGAAGAGGAACAAAAAGAAACAUUGCUGUGGAAGUCGAAUUUGCUCCUGUUGUUGUAGUUCCAAGACCUAGACUUGGCCAAGCACUUCAAUUUGACAUGGAUUUAGAAUGCCACGUAGAAGCUUACCCUCCUCCUGCCAUAACGUGGGAAAAAGACGAUAUUACUUUAUCAAAUAAUCAACAUUAUUCUAUAUCACAUUUUGCGGUCGCUGACGAAUUUACAGAUACCACCCUUAGGGUUAUUACAAUUGAAAAAAGGCAAUAUGGACAGUAUGUAUGCAAAGCUGCAAAUAAAUUGGGAUCUGCUGAAGGAAGGGUUGAAUUAUUCGAAACAAUCAUCCCUGUAUGUCCCCCUGCCUGUGGUACCGCUAGGUAUGCUGGCGCCGCUACAAUUUCAACUAGUACAGCUGCCCUGUUCUUUAUGGUGGUCAUCUUUAUUUUUAGAAGUUUCCGAACCCAAUCCUAACUAUCCAGGUAUUAUAUGGUUGAAUUCGGCUAUAAAGAAUCUCCCGGCAGUUUCGGCUGUAAUACUCACAAUAGUUUUGAUAUUUUAUAAUUAAGAUUAGCACCAUUCGGACUAGUUUUCAAAAAUAGAAUGAUUCCAACAGAAAAUUGUUCAUUUAAAGAAUUUUUAUUCAGUUUAAAUUAAAUUAUUAUUUAUGUAGUUUUGAAAGUUGGUCUGAAUAUGGUUAGAAAGAUUGUGAAAAAGAGUGUGCAACAAUGUUUAUAGUGUAUACCAAAUAAUUUACUAAAUAGUGAUCGGUUGAAUCGAAAUGGUAUUAUACCGGCGCACAUAAAGGUAUAACAACUCAAUUUAAUAAAAAAUUAGAAUUUUUAUUAAAUACGAAAACAUUGUAGAUUAAAUGAAAAAUUAUUGUCAAUAGCAUUACACGUACAGACUAAAAAGAAACUAAGAUUAUAAUUUUAUCAACCCAUUAACGCCCAAUUUACUUUUUUUUUUAAACGAUACCAUUUCUAAAUGUAUUUAUAGGGUCAGAUACCAUUUCUAAAUGUAUUUAUAGGGUCGUACUCGAAUGAGGACGAUGGAACUAUAAAUUUUAUUUAUUUAGACAACUAAAUAUAUGAAGUACAAAUAAUGUUGAAUCAUAUAUAUAAUGUUAUAAUUAAAAGUAAAAGUUUUAAUCUAUGAGAACCCAAAUAAUUUAUUUUGGAUUUUUGUCGACUAACUAGUUUUAUAUGAAUACGAACGUGUUUCCAAAUGGCAGAAAUAAAUACAGAAUUCCAAAAAUUUUAGUAAAAAGAAAAAACUUACCUUAUCGGUUUUCUACGGAUGCAUAGCUUACUUGGAUGACGACCAAAACAUUUGAUCGUUGAUUCAUCGUAGUUGAGGUUUUGCUCGGGGACGAAUUUUUUAAGACACCUUUGAUUCAGCAUUCAAGAGUGACCUCAAUUUGAAAAGUUUAUCGUUUUUAACAAUUGCAUUGUUAUUCGCACAUUGUAAUAUUGUGCAAAAUCGGUUUUUUUCAUAGCGUUUGAAUCAUAUUAUUGUGAAUGUAAGUGUGAGUGUCCCUAUAAUUACGUUUUUUGGGAAGAAUUUUAUACCCACUAAUAACAAGAAUUCCAAUCAAGUAUUACAGUUCAUCAAAUGUGAUCAGCAUAGUUUUUAAAAAGUGCAUAAUCUCUUGUCUGUAUGCAAAUGUUGGAAAACAUCUUCAUCAAAAAAUCGCUCAAACAACUCUACAGGGGACGUACUAUAAUAUUGAUUGUAGUCUGGUUCGGGAAAGGAUUUGGACAUAGGUUGAAGACCGCCAACACUCCAAUGCUAAUUUUUUUUACAGUAGUUGAAGCUGAAAAUGCCUUUUUAAUUUUCUCUUCUGAUGGUCUGUCUUCAGUGCCGUUUUUAAAGAUUUCUGCUUCUGUAAUAUAUACUUUUCCUUUAGUAUUGAUAUCGUUGGUUAUAUCUUCUUCAGUUUCUAUGUUCUUCUGUUAAGACCAAUUCCGCGCAAGCUGCCAAUUAUCUAUGCUACAAUCAUUGUUAUCAAAUAUUUGUUUCCGGUGAAAAGAGAAUUUGUACUUUCUCGAACCGUAUGUCCAUUUUAAUCGGCACGGCCACGUGGAGUUUCUUUAAUCUGCUGACAAACAGCUGUUCGACCACUAGCUGCAACUUAUCAUGAAUAGAGAAGUGUGUAGUGGUGGUGUAAACAGUAUAUUCAGUAUGAAUAUCGGCAACGGUUCCAGAAAUUCCAACUUAAUGGAGAAGACGUUAUACAUAUCCAAGUAAAUAUAUAUGGUGCCAUUUAUCCGAUAUUUUCCUAAGCUUUUUUGAAAUUCAUGCUGUAAAUUUAUAUAUUUACCGUGGCCAUUUGGUAACAUUAGGCCUUGAUGGGUUAAUUUAAAACGCCAUUCUAAAAUAAAAAGAAUAAAAAUGUAAUUUUUUUUGUGAAAUUUUAUAAAACAUUCGGAACCUAAUGUUAUUACCGUAAUGCCUCGGCUUGCCUUUUCAAUAGCUAAAUUGACACCGAUGUAGUUUUUCAACACUUGAUUUUGAUGUCUACGGUAAGCUAGGUGGUCGACUCUUUAUUACUCGUGGCCCAUGUAAUGAAUUGCAAUUUUUCUUCGGAAAUCUCUCGAUUUUUUACCGUUUACUGCAAGAUACAACAAAAAAGCAUUGACCACUGCCAUGUCUAUAAUACGCGUAUACCAACUUUUUUCCUUUGAUUGCUAUUGAGUGCUUUGCUAGCAACCAAUUUAAAAAUUUACAAAAUACAUCAGUUUGGAAAAUCUUCAACGCUCAGCGUUCUCGAUUGAAGACACCAAGAUUUAAAGGAAUUUUCCAAAAAUCUGAAUAGACUUUUGACAAAAUUUUUGUCAUGUUCGUAAACACACAUUUAUUAUAGUUACUAAUCCAAAAGAAAAAAUACUUCCUUCACAAAAUAAAUUUUCAGCAGUCGAAAAUCUACGAUUUAGCACUAAGUAAGAUUUCACGGAAUGUCAGACUCAGGUACAAUUAGCAGAAAUACCCAUCUAUUAUUAUCUUUAUUUUAUGGUGGUGAGGGUGAAAGCUGGUUAUAUUACCGCCAAGUGGUCGAAAAAAAAACCUUGAAAGAUGACGCUGGGCUCUAGUGAGUUAAUUUGUUAGGCAAGUCGCAAAUUGGGACACGUUCAGCACAUGUGAGGUAGCGUGAUACGAUUCGUACGUGCUACACGUGCUGAGUGGUGAUCCACAUAUUGAGACACGCGUUUUCAAAUAGGAAACGGUGGGGUUUGGAUUUGAUUGGCAGUUCGAGACACUAGCCGGCACCAAAAAAUGUUUUGACAUUUUUGACAAUCGUACAAAACAAUUGUUGUUAUUGAACUAAAGUUCUGAAUCAGAAUCGGAUUAUGCUGAAGAGGAAAUGUUGUUUAAUUCCUUGAUGAAGAAUAAAUUUGUUUUACCGAAUAGAAAAAACAGUGAACAAUUUACAAUUACAACUAAAAUGAGUGGUACUGAUUUUGGUAAUUAAUUCUGAAUGAAUCGAAACCAUUUUCCUCUCUGUGUUCCUAUUAACUUUUCUUCUGUCAUUUUUUCGUAAAAAAAAAUUAAGGAAAGACUUGCGGGACACGCUUGUCGUGUCAGGUCGCGCAGCGUCACCUCACACGUCUUAUACGUGUCCCAAUUUGCACUUUGCCUUAUUUCUUAGACCUUUUUAUAUAUAUUCUGUGAUGAUUUAUCAAGAUUUUAUCUGUUUUUAAACUAAAAUUCAGUUAAAACGGACUUUAAAUUACACUAAAUCUAAAUAAUUUUUCAAAAAAAAAUAGUGACUUGUUAUUUCCAACAACAAACAAGAAAUGUUAUUGACAAUAUCUUUAAGGUUGAAAUAAUUUAUAGCACCAACAAUAAUAAAUAUUCAAAUUCUGUAUAUUAACCCAUAUAAAAUUAGCUUGUAGCUUUAAAGGCAUUUUUAUACAUGUUUAUACUUUUUUAUAAUCUAAUUGCACAAUUUAUGUAUGUAUAUUAAAUAAUUUUUUAUUUUUAUAGAAAACACAUAAUUAGUUAAGAGUUAAUAUAAUUUAAAAAAAAUCAAUUAUUAACAACGAUUAAUAUUGUUUAUUAAAUGAAUAAUUUGAUAAUCGUUUAUCGACGUUUAUUCACGAAAUUAAUGUUUAUAAAAGACUAUUUAUAUAUAAAAACAGCGCAACAGACCUUAUAGACCCAAGGCCUGGAGUCACUCUAAUAUUUACGACCAUGGCUGCAAGCUCCAUUUUUCAUUCCUGUAUGUUAUGUCGAAACACACGCCAACUACCAUUUUCUCCAAACCCCACUCAGUUAGUGCAUUAUAAACUGCAUUUGCACCAGUACCGCUUAAGUAAUUUCUCCUUACCAUCUGCAGUUACUAAUGUGGGCAAACGAUCCACUUUUUGGUUUCCCUAAAAUAUCAGGAACAAUCUUCUCGUCCCAAAGGACCGUCUUAGGUCCACAGCAUUUUAAUUUUUCUCCACUUCUUUCGGCCCCUUGUUUUUUUUUUCUCCAGUUUCACAGAGAACAUGAGGUCUUAAGAUCAUAUUUUAUAUUUCGAACUUUAAUAAAUUGACCGCAUAUAAAACAAAAUGCAUCCGCAUCAUAUUUACACCUUUACGAUUACAUUUUAACAUUUUCUAGACAUGUACAAAACAUCUGAUCGUUUUUUUAUCACUCGAGAGCCAUCUGGAGGCACUCUACUCUGAUCUCGGAGUAUUUUCAAAAUGUAUUAUAACUAAUUGAAAUUUAGAAAAAAUUUGACAAUGAGCAUUAUUUCUAUAACUAUCACAAAAGCAAACGUUAUAUCAAAAAAAGGUAUUUUCUUUUCGUGUUUGUGUAAUUGACUGAAAAAUCAUAAUUUUCUAGAUCCUAUUUUGUUCUACUUAUUAAAAGUUUGCAAUUAUCAGGGUCCCGACUUUGAUUUUUAGAUUCCCUCUGUAAUACUGUCCAAAUACAUUUUUUCUAUUUAAAUGAGAAUAUUCAAGAUGAAUAAAUUUCGAUAAAUCGAUUCGUUGUAAAUAUUUGAUUAAAAAGUAGUUAGAUGGCCUAAGGAAAAAAAAUUGAAAGAAUUUCUAGAUUAGGUGGCACCUUUCGUUAAAACUUUAGUAUAUUAUAUCUAUACUAUACCUAACCUAAACAUUAUUACAAUUUUUAGGUUAGGUUAUUAUUUGAUUGUUCAUACGAAAAACGAAAAUGAGUACCUGAAGGGAUGGUUUCGGAGGAAUGUAACCUAAUCUAGAUAUUAUAAAUUUUAUUAUAAUAUAUUGGGAAGUAAUUAAGUACUACUUAAUUAUCCAUUUUAAUUGAGAAAUUUGAAACAAGCGGGCCAGGAUCUGUAGUACUUAGUUAUAUAUAGGCACUGUUGAAACAAGAAACUGGCCCUCAUAUAUGCAUUAAUGGCUGCUAUGUCGGUUUUAAUUUUAAAUAAACGACUUACUCAAUAUAUAAGAUACAUUCCUUUUAGAGACUGGAUACAUGUUAUUUUUUUGUAUUGGGUAAAUUUUAUGAUCUGUAAUUCUUAUUCGUCCAUUUUUGUUUUUAAUAAAAACUUAAAUAAC